AUGUCGUCCCCCAAAAAAGCGAGCACAUCUCUUCCACGCAAAGAUCAACCAGUGAAUCCAAAUUUGCCUGGCAACUCUGAUGAUUUAUCCGCAGUUAAGUGUGAAAGACUACAUGAAAACUUCUUAUCGAAUGAAUUUAAGAGUCUCGAGGCGCCAGCAAAAUUGUCAUUGUAUUCCUAUACCGCCACAGAAUUAGCAAAGGCCGCCAUGACUUGCGCAAAACUUUCAAAAAAUAGCUUGAGUCUAUUGCAAAGGAAAGCACUCAAAGAACACAAAGACAACUACAAUAAAAAAUAUAAGCUCGAUGACGGUGUCCCCAUUAAAGUCACUAUUGCAGCUUAUUUCAAAUUGUUCGACGAUCUAUUCUUUCUUGGAAGUCUUCAAGUUGGACGCCGCGUUACCAUAGAAGUUGACCAAAAGAAAUUUUCCGAGACUACUCGCAAAGGGAGCUCUUCAGAAGUUGACGGUGCAAACCAAUGGCUGAUUGAAAUCCACAAAAAUGACAAAGGCCUCUGCGACCCAGUGGAGAUUCUACAAGAAAAGCUUACAACUCUGAUGCACGAAAUGAUUCAUGUUUAUCUAGGCUUAUUUGGUUGUCGCCGCUGUGAAGAAAAUUGGCAGGAGCAGGGCUUGUCAGGUCAUGGAAUAGCAUUUUUGGAUACUAUGUUUACACUCCACAAAGAAGCGCCGCGAAUCUUGGAGGAAACCCUUGGCUUUUCUUCAAUAUGUUUAGAGGCUUUGAAAGAGGAAAUCCAAGGUGGGGGAUUAAAGGGAGGAAUUCCAAGUCUUGAUGAACUCGCGCGGUGGGGAUUGGCUGAGAAGGUCGAAGAGUUGCAGACCUUCUUGGCCGAGACGUAA